AACGGGACCGCAGUGCGGCAGCGGUCGACGCCAAGCGCGCAACAAUCGCGCCAUGGACUCGCCGAGGAGCUGGCUCGUGGCCGUGGGCUGCUGCUGGGUGAACGUCUUUUCGUUCACCAUGAUUCGAUCCACAGCCGUGGUGUACGUGAGCAUCAUUGAGACCUUCAAGACGACGCGGGAAGAGGCCGCCUGGCCGGUGACCCUGGCAGUUACCUGCUACUUUACUGCAGCCCUGAUAGCCGGCAUACUUGCGAGGCGUGUGGUCGUUUGGAAGAUCACCUUCACCGCGUGCCUUGUCGCUGCUAUCGCGGUGUCCUUGUGCUUCUUUGCCACCGGCGUCACGUACCUUGCCCUUCUGUACGGAGUCGUUUACGGACUCAGCGUAGGCCAGCUGUCUUUGUCAAGUACAGUGAUCAAUCAGCACUUCACCAAGUAUCGAGCUGUGGCCUCUGGACUCAACAUGGCCGGUUUCUCCAUAGGCGGUCUCGUCUUUCCGCCCACGGUUCAGUUCUUCUUCGACGAGUUCGGUUUCCGAGGUGCAUUCCUGCUCGCCGGCGGAACCAUACUGAACGCAACUGCCGGCACACUGCUGCAGCGCAUACCGGCGCCGAAACAGCCUGUUCAGUCGACGCAAAAAACGGCGGAUGGGACUAAACACAACCUCCAGAAUUCGAACGCUGUGGAGGCGGCGAACAAGUCACCAGCAACCAGCGGAUCGCUGCAGAGUAAAAAUGAGGUGUCAUUCAUACCGGAGCACAACUGGAAGGGAGGCUUGGAAAAUGCAGCUUUUGAGUCGAGUGAUUCCGCCGACGGAACAAUAUCGACGGAAAAUGUGCACGCGAUUACACGCAGCGCACGAUGUCUGAGCGUGAACGAAAACUUCACUUGGGGACGGUAUUCCCCAGCAACAAAGACGAGAGCUAGCUCGUCGGGGGAUGCAGUGGUUACCGUACGAAAUGUUCUUCUCGAAGGUGACGCUGCCGCCAGAGAAGACAUUUGCCACGGACCUCCGACGCGUACACUUCCUGUGCAUAAGCCAGAACAAACUCUUAACGCAGAACAGUGUUCCAGCAAGCUCCCAGUAGCUUCUGUGGAGCUGCCUACUACGGAAGCGGCCCAUAGUAUUCCUGGAGGUGCCAGGUCGGCCCUUCUGGCGGCUAAGGAACUCUUCAGUUUCCUCGCACUCGCCAAAUACUACGUCGUGGUUCUGUCUAAAAUGGUUAUCGUCAUGAACUCAAUGACGUUUUCCACAGUUAUCAUCGACUUCGCCAUGGACCACGGCAUAAACAGAUGGAGGGCACUCACUCUAAUCUCGGCGUAUACCGGGAUGGACCUUACGGCAAGGCUGACUUCGGGAUGGAUCACAGACAGGAAAUUUUUAUCCAGGAAGGCGUUGAUGGCGUUUUGCAUGACGGUCUGGGCGGCCGCUAACUUUUCCUUCGCGUUUGGCGAUUCCUACGUGCUGCUCGUGAUCGUGUCCGGAGUGGCGGGCUGGUGCAACGGAUCGACGCUGCCACUGAUCCCGGUAUUGUACAUGGAGGUGGUGGACAUUGGUCGCUUCAGUGUUGCCUACGGACUGAGCUCCUUCUUAGUGGGCUUGACGGGACUGCCGAGGCCAGCUUUAACAGGCUACUUCAGAGACAACCUGGGAAACUAUUCAGGCCUUUUUCUUCUGACCGGAACGUGCAGCACGCUGUCGGCGUUGCGAUGGACUUAUGUGGCCUUGCAAGAAAAGUGUUGCAGAAGCCGACGACAGAGCGAAUAAAACGAGUACAGAACCUGAGUGUGCUCCCA